UCAGAUUUCGGAAUUUGCCAGCAUUGCACGGCAGGGAGAGCGCAAAAUAGAUUACAAAGUACGGAAGACGAGUAUCAGUCCGUAAACGGUUCUGUGUCCGUGUAAGGGAGAGCGAGCGAGCGAGCGAGCGAGCGAGAGAGAGAGAGCGAGAACGAGAUGUCGCAAACACUGGACGAUAUAUUGCAGCGACAGGAGAAUGCCCGCCAGCUGCGUUUGGCCACCCGGCCCAAGUUCCGGCGGUUCAAUUCACUGGACCGCAUACCGGAGCAUCCCAGCCAAGAUGAGUCCGAGAACGAUGAGCAUACAACGCAUCGGCAUUUCAUAACGCUGCGGCGCCAGCGCACGGCAGACGGCAGCCUGUUGCGUGCCCAUGUCCCGGCGCCGAGCGCCCGACCGGAGUCAUCCUCCGGCAGUCUCUUGUGGUUCGGGCCGCAGCUGCUGUUGCGCCUGCUGAUCCUGCUGGUGCGCUACAUGCUCUACAUUCCGCUGUCCAUAGCGGCGCCCAGCUUUUGGCUGUCCGCCCUGCUCUGGAUCUUCUGGAAGCUGUUGCGCGUGCCCAUCGGCCUGUGCAAGUGGCUGCUCAGCAGCGACGAGGAGCAGCAGCAGCAGCCGGGCACAGCGCAGCGCAGCCGGCAACGUCAGCGUCAGCGCACCGUGCUCCUCAGCUGCGGCAGCACCAUUCAGACGCUGCAUUUGGCGCGCAACUUUUACGGCUCUGGAGCACGCGUCGUGGUCUUUGAGUUCGAGGGUCUGUUCGGGCUGGCGCGCUUCUCGACGAGCGUGGACAAGUUCUAUGUGGUGCCGCAGCCGAGCAGCUCCAACGUGGAACAGUAUAUCGCGGCGCUGUGUCACAUUGUGCGCAAGGAGCGACCGACUGUGUAUGUGCCCGUGUGUGCCACCAGUCCGGCGUACUAUGAUGCGCUGGCCAAGCCGCAUUUGGAGCUGUUGGGCUGUGCCAGCUUUGUGCCGGGCGCACGAGAGACCCAGCAGCUGGACGACUGCCUGCAGCUGUUUCAGCGCUGCGAGGCGCAGCAGAUCACGCUGCCGCCGCACACGGUCGUAACGAAGCCGGAGCAACUGCAUCAGCUAUACGAGGGCGGCUUUGUGGCCGGCUAUCGCAACAUAUUCAUGGCCUGCGGCAUGCAGGGCGUCAUGGAGCGGCACAAGUACAUAUUGCCCAGCCGUCGGGUGGAGCUGCUCAAGUUCAAUCAGCACGAGAUUAGCGAACGCCAGCCCUGGCUGGUGGUGCGUGAUCAGCCCGGCUAUCAUCAUUAUGUCACAUGCACCACGGUCAAGGAUUCGCGGGUCGUGGCCAAUGUCAGCUGCCGCGUCGAGCACAAUACCAAGAAUCUGAUACCGGUGCGACGCAACGAUGAGGCCCAGAUCGAGCUCUGGCUGAGCGGUUUCUUUGCCAAGGUGCGAUUCCAGCGCAGCAUCAACGGGCAUGUCAGCUUUCGCUUGGUCAAGUCGCCGGCGCAUGGCGGCCAGUUGGUGCCGCUCGGCGUUCGACUGGGCGUGGCCCUGCCCUAUAUAUGCCACAAUCGUUCGCAUGCGCAGCUCCUGUGCCGCGCCAUCAAAUGCAUGUGCAUACAUAGACGCGGCGCAGCCGAUGAGGAUACGGCCAGCUGGAGCUGGAGCUGGUCAACGCUGGAGCGCAAUACGACAACGGUAGCGCUGGACAAGCGGGAGGCCCUGUUCGCCUACUGGGAUCCGCUGCCCUAUUGCGCCUACUAUCACUUUCAGCUGCCGCUGGAGUCCGUCAAGCUGUUUUUGCAGCGACGGAAUCGCAGCGCCGAGACCAAAAGUUUAUCGCCGCGCAUCACGGCGCCGGUUCAUUGAACGACGACGACGCAGUGCACCCGGCCGGGACGGGCGGGCGCUCAGCUAGAAACAGCAGCGACAGCGAGAGAGAUUGCACAGACUGAACAAUAAUAAUAUGUACAUACACACACACACA